ACACACACUUAUACACAGAGGCAGGAAAGCAGACAGAGGGAGAAGCAGCAGAAGAAGAGACACACACAUGCACAAGGACAAACGGACAUGAAGACAGAAAAUUAGACAGUGGAGGCAGGUGGGGAGACAAAUAUAAAUGUGGAAACCGGGAGAGAUGAAAAGGAAGAGCAAGCAAGAAUAACGAAGAGGCGAUUGCACCAUCUGCUGCCAGAGGGAGAAAUGUGUUAGCGACUGACACACGAGCAGGGAGGCAUCCCGACAUCUGCAGUGAGAUACACACAACCCCACCUGAAUGGAGUCUGCCGCUAAAAGACAGGAGAGUCUUGAGAAGAAGAUUGUCCUGAGUAGUCUCACAACACCCAACCGCUGAGGCAGCAUUCCUGUCUGGAGAAGAAGCAGCCGCUGUUUUUUUUACCCACAUUGAAAAGCACAUUGCUUCAUUUUUACCAAACUCAAAUUAGUUAUAUUCCUUGAGAGUUUUGGUAGAGAGUCAAGGUUAGACCAUUUAGAAUGCACACUCCAGCAUCCAUGGUCAUGGGGAUUGUCUUUUCCCCUUUGGGAUUAGUCCUCGUCUUCACUGCUGCCAUCACCCCUCAGUGGAGAGAGGGACAGGCACGUCUAAGCAUGACACGGCCGGGGUUACUCUUUCGAUCUGGAAUCAAAGGUCAAGGGAUGGGGGUCAGGUCUGGGUCAGCGGACGCUCUGCUCUUACUGCAAACAGAUGGACUUUGGGAAAGCUGCCUGCAGGUGGAGCACUUAGAGCUGAAGCAGUGCUUGCCUGUAGCAGGUCCCUACCAGAGAGACCCUCGGGUUCACCUAGCACAAGGUUUGGUCCUGACCUCCUUGUUCCUAUGUGGCACUGGUAUUGUUCUGGCCUGUAUCGGGGUCCGUUGCUGGACAGAUAUACCUCUGAGAGGCGUAGCAGCUACAGGGGGACUCCUGGUGGUGAUGGCUGGGUUGCUGAGCCUAACUGCAUUAGGGGUGUACACCCACAACCUCACAAGACUGGGGAUCAUAGAUCCAAGUCAAGGGAUGAGCAACCCCAGGAUCCCCCACCUUAGCCUGCGUCCUGGCGGCUCACUGUACUUUGGAUGGUUGGGUUCAUGUUUGCAGGUGCUGGGAGGAUGUGGUCUGCUCUUCAGCUUCAAACGACCAAGAUGCCCGACCUGUCCAUCCUGCCCAGAGCUACCUGUCUGCCCUGCAUGUGGUUCGUGUCCGGAGAUUACCAACAAGCCAGACACAGAUGUAUAUGAGGUCAGCUGUUAGAGUGUGACAUCAUGGAUAAAAAUGGACAAGUCACUUCCAGCUCAUGAGGUAAUAAAUCUGCCACUUAAUGAAAUGAGUCAUUAAUGACUGUGAACUACAGGAUACUGCCACUCACUGAAUAAUGGACUCUAAUAAUGGGUAUGAACACAAUGGAUGUUUGCCUCUUGACAUAGACAGAAAUAUAAUUUUGGGGUGUAAAAAUCAUAACAACCAAUCACAGAGUACAAAGAUUGCUACAGAUUCAACAAGGUUAAAAAAGAGUUCAAGUACCUUCUGCCUUUAACUGUAACAAGUGGUGAAACAUGACUGAAGUGUCUCUUUGUGCUGCCUUUUACAUGAAUUUGCACCGGAAGCAAGAAACCUGACUUUUUGUGUGUUCAAACAAAACUGUGAGAUGUAUAAUAUUUGUGAUAAAAUAUGAGUAGAUUAGCAGCUGUUUCUACUAUGUUAGGGCUAUCAAUAUGAGAGAUAGUUUUAAAUUGUGUUAAAUAGCUUACCACUGGCAAAGUGAAAGCAAUUCAUUUCAUCAGUAUUUUAAAUUAAUAAAUAUGGCAUUCUUGUUUUGUUAAUGUGGUUUUUUUAUAAUGCAGCCGACAGUUUUACAAUUUUCUCUCAAAAUGAUGCUUUUUAUGGGCUUUUGAUUCAGUCACUGUGAGCAAUGAAAAAGGCUAAUUUUAGACGUGUGCACAACAUUACAAACAAUCUGUUAAUCUCUUAGCCUGUCUGUCAGGGUAAAUCUUUGUACAAAGCUUUCAUCUAAUCUAAUGAAUGUGACAUUACAGACUUUAUGACAAGAACAGGAGGAGGAGGAUGUACAACAGGGUGUUGUUUGUUCUUUGUAAAUUGUUCAUUGGUGUUAAUUUACUAUGGGGUGUUUAUACUUGAUGCUGCAUUCUGCAUUGAUUUAUCACUGUGUACUGCAUCCUAGCACCACAGUUUUAUGUGAAAUUAAGAGUAAAAGCAGAUAAAUACAGAUUUAAAUAAAAAAAGAUU